AUGUACACGAAGCGAUACCUCGGCCUCCUGGCCCUCGCUCUGAGCCUCCCGCUCGCCGCGCUCGCCGCUCCCGCUCACCAGCCCUUCGUGCCCGGUUCGAGCGCCAACGCAUACUCCCCCUCGACUCAGUUUGCGCCCCUCACCGCAAACCCUGACCUCGAGACCAUCCCGGGCGCCUACAUGGUCGUCCUCAAGGAUGGCGUCAGCUCCGCAGACUUCUUUGCCCACCAGGGCCUCAUCUCGUCCGCUCAGCUCUCGGCAAACGGCUUCCACGGCGAGGAUGCGGAAGGCAUCCGCCACGUCUACGACCUCGAGGGCCACCUCCAGGGCUACGCCGGCAAGUUCACCGAUGACGUCCUCGACUACAUUCGCGCACAGCCCGAGGUCGAGUACGUCGAGAUGGACUCGCGCGUCUCGAUCGAGGUCAUGCCUCAGGCCGAGGACAAGACCUGGGACGUUCAGUACGACGCCGACCUCGGCCAGGCCGCCCUCUCGGUCAUGAACACGGACAAGGUCGGCGCCUAUGACAUUGAGAAGGGCGCCCCCUGGGGUCUCGCCCGCAUCUCGCACCGCAAGCGCCUCGGCCUCAGCACCUUCAACAAGUACGUCUACCAGGGCGACGGCGGUGAGGGCGUCACCGCCUACAUCAUCGACACCGGCAUCAACAUCAACCACGUCGAGUUCGAGGGUCGCGCUCGCUGGGGCAAGACCAUGCCCCAGAACGACGUCGACGAGGACGGCAACGGUCACGGCACCCACUGCGCCGGUACCAUCGGCUCGCGCAAGUACGGCGUAGCAAAGAAGGCCGACCUCGUCGCCGUCAAGGUGCUCGGCUCCGGCGGCUCCGGCUCCAUGUCGGACGUCACCGGCGGCGUCCUCUGGGCCGUCGACGACGCCAAGAAGCUCACCGCACAGUUCCGCGCCAACCCGCGCUCGGCGGCGGCCAAGAAGCACAAGGGCUUCGUCGCCAACAUGUCGCUCGGCGGCGGCAAGUCGAUCACGCUCGACAAGGCCGUCAACGGCGCCGUCACCGCAGGCAUGCACUUUGGCGUCGCCGCAGGCAACGAGAACCAGGACGCCUGCAACGUCUCGCCCGCCGGCGCAUCCAACCCCGUCACCGUCGGCGCCUCCACCGUCCAGGACGAGCGCGCCUACUUCUCCAACAAGGGCAAGUGCGUCGACAUCUUUGCGCCCGGCCUCAACAUCCUCUCCACCUGGAACACGGGCAACACCUCGGUCAACACCAUCUCGGGCACCUCGAUGGCCAGCCCGCACAUUGUCGGCCUGCUCGCCUAUCUGCUCUCGAUCUACGGCACCGCCGACUUCAAGCUGCUCGCUGGCGGCCAGGCGGACCACCUCUCGAUCGCCGCCGUCGAGGACUCGCUCGCCUCGAAGCUCUCGAGCGUGCUUCCCAUCCCCGCCAUGGCGCUCGACCUGGUGAGCAGCGUCGCCGGCUACUUUGCCGGUGCCGAUGCCGCCAAGCCCGACAUUGACGGCGUGCUGUCGCCCACCGAGCUCAAGAAGGCGCUCAUCAAGCUCGCCUCGCCUGGCGUCCUCACGGGCCUCGACGCGGACACGGUCAACAAGCUCGCCUUCAACAACGCCACCUCGUCGGCCUGA